GUGUCCAUGAGGGACUGAUUAGUCAGGAGGUGGUGAUGGUAGUGACACCGGAAUUGCCUGUUACGAGGAGUGUGUCAUAAAAUGAUUGGGAAUAUCAGCUACGUUACAAUCUCAUUUGCUUGAGUUCAAUCGAAUUGAUAUUAAUCCAGAGAUCAUGUCAUGAUGAAUUUGGUCGACUGCAUUGUGUCGUUGAGUUAGUCACCAUGGGUUCCAGGUUGAGGGAGAAUGUCAAGCAUUUAUUUGAGUGCUUCUGCGAAGUGGCUGCUCCAGCAGGUGAGAAACCUGCCUGGAUUCUGCAGAGGUAUCCUGAUAGCUUUGGGGAUCAGGAGUUAUUGAAAUCGGUACCGAAAUUCGCAUAUCCAUGUGAAUUUGAAAAUUCAAUGGUCCAGCACUUCUCCUUCGUCUUAACGAGUAUCGAUUCGAAAUGGACCUUCGGUUUCUGCAGACAUGAUCCCAAAACCGAGACUGCCCUGGUAGUACUCAGCUCGCUCCCUUGGCACGAGAUGUUUUACAAAUUACUGAAUCAUAUAGCAACAUUAACAUCAAGCUCGAACAGCGGAGACCUCUGGAAAUUCCUCGGCGAUGUUCAUGCCAGUAAUGUCCCAAUGCCAGGGACAUCAGUGACAAUACCUCUUCCUGAUCCCAACGUUACCUACGUCUGCCAAAGCCCCAGGCAAUUCCAAUUGCCCAGUAUACCAGAAAAUCGUAAUUUAACUGAGUAUUACAGCGCUGUUGAUGCUAAUAAUAUGAUGAUUAUUUUCGCGUCGAUGCUGUACGAGAGGAGAAUAAUAUUCACGUCUAAGAGAUUGUCGAGGUUGAGUGCGUGUGUGCAGGCCUGCAAUGCCUUGAUAUAUCCCAUGAUUUGGCAGCAUAUUUAUAUACCUGUUCUACCACUUGCUCUAAUGGAUUAUCUAUUAGCGCCCAUGCCGUUCUUAAUCGGUGUGCCCACUCCAAUUCUACAGAGGGUUCAAAAAGCUGAUUUAGGUGAUGUAGUGAUUCUCGAUGCUGACAAUAGUUCCAUAGAAUCUCCAUUCCAGGACCUGGAAUCCUUACCUCAGGACGUGGUCACGAAUUUGAAAAAAGCAUUGCGUAACAGGCCAGCACUUCUGGGCGACGGUGUCUCAAGAGCAUUUUUACGUGCCUUGGUACAGCUGACAGCUGGUUACAGAGAAGCGCUGACACUUCAACAGGGGGAACGUAUUACCUUCGAUCAAAAUGCAUUCGUCGAGAGCAGACCCUACUCCAUGCAACCGUUUCUCAGAAAAAUGCUCGAGUUACAAAUUUUUCAGCAAUUUAUAGAGGAAAGACUGCACAUGCUCAACUCCGGACUCGGAUUCUCGGAUGAAUUUGAAAUGGAGGCUUGCAAUUAUUCGGACAAGUCGAGUAAUAAAUUAAUGCAACAGUAUCGCGAAUGGACAAACGCAAUGAAAAAAGAGGGCUCGGCAUUCUUCCGGAGUGUCAAGGAUAAAGCUAAUCCCGCUGUUAAGUACGCUGUCAAGUCGGUUAAGGACAAGGGCAAAGAUAUGAAGACUGCGUACAAGGGAUUGAAGUGGAAAGGUCGCUCGAGGGGCAGUGAAAAUAGCAUGCGCUUCCAUCAACCUCGAUCUGCCCCGAGCUCACCCACGCUGGAUAGACGUACCAGUAUGUUUGGAAGUGGUUCGAAAUCACCGAGUGGGUUCACAGCGACAACAAGCUAUAGAAAAGAACUCAGAAUGCGUAAUAGUAAUGUUCCUGAUACGAGUAGGAAACAAUACUCACCGUUGAGUCCAAGUUCUCCAGAGGAGCCGGACUCACCUCCAGAACGCUUGAACAUAGAUCUCAUGAAUGAACUGCAGGACGUCAUCUUUCCGAAUACUCCGCCUGUCGAUCGAACCUUGAAACCAGUGCGCAGUUUAGACAGCUUGAGACCUGCAUGGAGCGGGCGCUUGCGGCACGGCUCACCCUCAUCCAUCCCCACGAGUGAUGCAACCCAAUCCCCAAAACAUCCCCUCAAUUGUCUCAUUCCCCCAUGUCAAACGAUACCAUCAAAACUUGCCAAAAAAACAACUGAGAGCCCCAUCAAACAUAGUAAAUCACACGAUAAACCAAUAAAAGCUGAAUCACCAGUUGUGAAUGAGUACAUAAAUCCCAUAACAAUCACAAAUCCAUUCGUGAAUGGUGUAACAACCCCCAGUAAUCCAUUUCGCGGCGACAUAUUUCAAGUCGAUGAUGAAUCAAAAGUUACGAAUGAUCCGUUUGACACCAGUCAAGUGCAUUUACCACCUCUCCUACCAAAAGUAUCGAUUGAAGCCCCGAAUGUUUCCACAAGUGGUAACACUCCUCUCACGUUAAAAUCCGACCUCUGCUCAACUAAAAUUAAGGGAACAUCAGAAGUGCAGGAUCUAAUUCGUCUAGACUCAACAAACAGUGACGACGACUUCGACCCUCUUCUCUCAAAGUCCUUUAUGGAUCCAAAACAAAUGACUCAAUCUCUGCACAUACCCCAGAUGGGUGAGGGGCUGAGCAAUCCCCUGUAUCCCUAUUUUUUACCAAAACACAAUAGCAAUGACUGCAGUCAUGGUGCCAAUUCCGCCGAGAAACUCGGUGACUUUGAUUUGCUCCAGGAAUACGGUUUGGAUUUUAAUAAAUUCAAUGUUUCGAAUGGUGCAGCCUCGACGAGAAGAGGCACCACGUGCAGCCAGGAUAAGGUUCCCAGUGAUAGUAUCGACGAUGUUUUCAGCACAUCCUUCACAGCAUCGACGACAAAGUCCCAGAACAACUGGACGAAAUUCGAUUGAAAUCGUUAGAAAUUAUGGAAUUUCCAUUGUCCCCAGCUUGACAGCCACUUCCGCGGACAUAUCAUAAUUUGUACAUAAGAGUAAGUCCAUUGAUUCAGUUGUUUAAUUGAUUAUGUUUUCCGUUCAAAUUUCGACCAAUGAAGAUGGCGCCAUUCGUCCUAACUACUCGGUAUCCAACUCGUAAUUUUUUGAUAAUUUUUUCUCUUAUCUAUAGUUGAGACAAGGAACUGUUAAAACGAAUUAAUUACUGGUUGAAAUUGACUGAUUUGAUUUCGUUGUGGUAUUCAGAUAAUAUUGAUAAAAUAGGGAAGAGAAAUUUGAACGAAAAAAUAAUCUCCGGAAUACAACUCGAGCUUCAAAAUGCAUCGGAUAUUCCCCCCAAAAUACAGGAAAUUUUGAUGAAUGACGUGUUCAUUUAUCUGCAACGAACCUAUUGGGAAAUAUCCAAUAAUUUCGGAGCUCUCGUGGUAUCAUAAGUGAUGGUAAACCAAGAAAUUAUACGAGAUGGUUGAAUAGGUGAUAAUUGUUGAGCAAGCGAACAAUUAACGUUCAUUUAUUGCUUAAAUUGCGUCAAUUUAAAAAACAACACAGUGUAAAUAAUUUUUAUAGUUGAAUCAAAUUGUUUGUUACUGAAGAUUUUUUUGUCCCCAGUUUUAACGAGCCAAUUAAAACUUAGUGAUGAAAUUAAUUAAAUUAGCCAAUACGUUGAUAUGUAUAUUUUAGAGAGCAUCUAUAUUCGAAUAUAAUAUGUCAUGAGACGAUAAAAGUAUGGUCUGAUGAAUGUGGCUUUAUAAUCACAUUAGUCAUGCGAUAUUUUAUUACCGUAUGACAUAUACUAUGUUAUGUCAUUAGGCCCGAAAAUCACAAUUUACAAUUGUGGUUUAUGGGGCCUAAUGGCAUAAAUACAUAUGAUGAAUGAAUUAUUGGCGAGUGCCAAUGUGGACAGGAUUUUACACUGAAAAAAAAAUCAACGACAAAGAUUAUUACGAUUUCAUCAUGAGACCAGUGCAAUUUCUAUUGCCGAGUUCAAUUAAAUUUACAACAAUAGAAAGUACUAAUCAUAAAUUAAUGGGAAGUGAUGAACAGAGAAAUACUCGAAUUUAUCGAACUUUUUUUUGCUCGAGGAUAACUCUAUCUGAUUACGACUCAUUAUCUUCCAUUAAUUAAUUUUUCUAGUGAAGUGGGGAAAGAGGAUAAAUCGAUUCAAAUUUGCGAUUGUAAAUUGUAGUUUUGGAUGAAAAAAAACUUCGAACACUGUUCUAUCUUAAAGUAUAUUAUUUGACUCUAUGUGCAUUGAAAAUAUCGGUUAUCAGUUCAUUGAAAAUCACCAGCUGGAGAAGUAGGUCUGAUUAUUAAGGUCUUUACCUACUUUCUAUUCCAAGAUAUUUGCAAAUUAUUUUGAAAAACCGAGUAUCUUCUUUCACCACUCCCCUAUAGCGUCGUACUACGAUUUAAAAUUUUUAAAACUAUUAAAUACUGUAAACUUGCAUUGUAUACCAUUUACCGACAAUAUCUUUUAUAAUAGAAAACAACGCAGAACUACCAAAAGUGAAACUGAAUGAAUUAGCACAAGAAUAAACAAUACUGAAAUUUGAGUAAA